AUGGUUUAUGAAUAUUUCGACGAAUUUGAUGUUGAACAAAUUCCAAGAAGGUAUAUUCGUAAUAUGGAAGAUCCGUUUGAAAAAUACAAUGACAAUACAUUUUUGAAACGUUAUCGAUUUCCCAAACUUAUUGUUAUGGACCAGUUAUUAGAUUUAUUAGGUAUUCACUAUAACAAUAAUCGAGGAUUGCCUAUACCUCCCAUUCUACAGUUAUUGAUAACAUUACGUUUUUAUGCAACAGCAAACUUUCAAACUGUUUGUGGAGACUUGAGAGGCAUUGACCAGAGCACUGUAUCUAGAAUUAUUAAAAGAGUUUCUCAUCAGAUUGCUAGUCGUUUUAGGGAUCAUGUAAAGUUUCCCCAAACUGAAGCUGAAUGGGCAGUCAUUAGACAACAGUUUUUUGAAAUAGCUGGAAUGCCAGGUGUAGGAGGAUGUAUUGAUUGUACUCAUAUAAGAAUACAAAAUCCAGGUGGUAUUAAUGGAGAAGUAUUCAGGAAUCGUAAAGGAUGGUUUUCUUUGAAUGUUCAAUUAGUUUGUGGUCCAUCGAUGGAAAUACAUGAUUUGGUGGUUAGAUGGCCAGGUAGUUACCAUGAUAGCUUUAUCUUUAAUGCCAGUCAUGCAUGUGCCGUAUAUUCGAACAAUAAUCAUAAUCUUAUACUUCUGGGAGACAAUGGAUAUGCAUGCAAACCUUACAUAUUUACACCUUUACUUAAUCCAGUAACAAAUGCAGAGAAAAAUUAUAAUAAAGCUCAUAUCAAAACCCGAAAUAUUGUAGAGCGAGUGUUUGGUGUAUGGAAAAGAAAAUUUCCAUGUCUAAGGAGAGGUUUAGCAAAUUCACCUAACACAAUAGUUUCAAUAAUUGUAGCUUGUGCUGUACUAUACAACAUAAGUUUGAAACUAAGAUUACCAGAAUUUCCUGUUGAAGAUGAAACUGAUGAAGAAGUACCUAAAUCAUUUUCUGAAUGA